AUGGCACUAAAACACCGGUCCUUAGCAGCUACUGUCACAGCCAUUUUCCUUGCUGCACACACUUGCGCUUUUCCAACUGCGCACGAUGCAACUGUCCUCGACGACACGCCAGUAAAUCUCACGUCAAGACAAGACGUCAGUGCUAGCGCCUUUUAUUUCUGGGGAUGGAAUGGCUGCAACACGGAUGAUCAUCCGGACUGGUCCUCGGUCAUUGAAAGUGCGUGGGGUGAGCUUCUGGAAAUCGGCAAGUCGGUUUCAAGCGACAUAGACUUCACCAGCGAUCAAGCUGGUGACUUUCUAGGCUCUCCAGACAACAACCAAGACUAUCAAACCGAGAUUAAUGACCUAGAGUGUCCCUUAGGAACACAUGACGAGGACGUAGAAAAAUGUAACAGUAGAUGCUGGAGAGCGAUAACCCAGAAGGACUCAAGCGGAAACGACGUUGUAUCUUCAUGGGUUCCUCGUGCAGCAGCUUACACUACUAACCAUAACGGUGUUGACGUGACUACAAUAAAUUUCUGGUCAAGUUUCUUCACUUUGGGGUCUUGCCCGGACAGGAUCGCAAGCAUGAAACCGAUUACUGGCGAGAGGGACAGGCUCCUUCUACGCAAUUAUGAAUGCCGCGGCUACGUCGCGUUACACGAGCUCUUUCACAUCAAUGCAAUGGUAAACCGCGUUGCAUACCGCAUCAAACACGUGUAUGAUCGUAAAAUCCAGAUUUGGUCUCCCCAUUUCAAUAAGCAGGUCGUGGUACAGGUAUACGGAGGCGAAUACACCAAAACGAUGGCUCGAUGGACGAAAAACACGGGAUGGUGGGUUGCCACCAACGCCGAUAAUUUCGCACAGUACGCACUCGCCAUGUGGGUUACUGGUCAGAUCGGGGACUACCCUCGCUAUCCUAUCGUCAGCGAGCAACCCACCGAUGAGCCCUUUGGAACCCUCGAUAACUCCGGCACCAUCAGCCAGACCGACGACCCUGUCAAGCUGGGCGAAGCCCUCGGCGUGGCCCCUGAAGACGCCUACAACAUAUACCUCAACGACGCCUCCAGCUGCAGUGACGCAGGCAGUGACGGGCCCGACAACGCGACAACCGCUGACUGCAGCGAUACGGUCGAGAAUGGGGCUGUAGACCUCUCUCCUGAAGUCGUUGCUGCUUCCACGAGCACACCGCCCGUGUCUCAGCCUACCAGCACACCGCCCGCGUCUCAGCCUACUAGCACACCGGUCCCGCCGACUUCAACUGCAACUAUGGCGAGAGUGGGUGCUCGGCGGACAGCAUGCCAUGUUGUGCUAAUGGGAGUUGUCAGUGCCAUUGUGGGGAGAGUGGGCAAAGACGAACAUACGCUUGCUUGA